GAGGAAUAUACCAUGUCGAGACGACUUUUGAGUGAUAAUGGGGACAAGUUGACAGGGCUGUUUGGUGGCAACUCGCUCAGCUUUGACAACAGCGAUGACAACCAGGACAGCAGCCGACCGAGUGCUCUACGAGUUAAGAUUAUCUCGAUGGGGGAGAGCGGGGUCGGUAAGAGCUGCGUGAUUAAGCGCUACUGCGAAGAAAAGUUCGUGAGCAAGUACAUCUCAACCAUCGGCAUUGACUAUGGUGUUAAACCUGUGAUGGUCAAUGGUGCUGAGGUGCGUGUAAACUUUUGGGAUCUAUCGGGCUUGCCGGAGUACGUGGAGGUGCGGAACGAGUUCUACAAGGACACUCAAGGAGGGGUCCUCAUGUUCGACGUGUCUUCGAGGAAGAGCUUCGAGUCUCUCGAUAGCUGGUUGCGAGAAGCUGCCAAGUUUGGCGCGGGAAAAUUUCCAUGCAUUCUGUGUGGCAACAAAGUCGACCGCCCUCGGGUCGUCUCCGAAGAUGAAGCUAGGGCAUACGCUCAGGCCAAGGGAUUCGAGUACUUCGAGACGUCUGCAUGCACUGGUGUGAGUAUCACGGAGGCAUUUCACUCGUUAUUCAGGACUGUAGUCAAUCAAGUGACACAUUAAUGCAAAAGUUGGCGCAAUCGUCAAUCUAGUUGGCAG